AUAUUUAAAAUACAAAGUGCAGUGUGUUGUUAUUAAAACAAGGACUUUAAUGAAAAUUUAAAGAACUUAAAAUAAACAUAAAAGAAAAUACCAAAAAACUAAAUAAAUUUAUAUUUAACAAAAGAUUAAAACAAACAAAAAACAAAGCAAAAUGGCUCACAAAUUUGUUGCAAUCAGUGUUGUGUGUUUAGUUUCACUAGCUGCUGCCUUACCUGCUGAAGAAACACGCGGUCAUGCCCGCAAUGCCGUGGGAUCCGACAAUGAUAUUAUGGAUAGUAUAUACAGCGAUUGUCUGCGCAAGGAUUCCGUGUCCUGUGUGAAAUAUAAGCUCUUCAAUUUUGUGGAUAAAGUGUUGGGAGCACGCGAUCAAUUUGCUCUGACCGAAGGUGUUACCGUAGUGCGUUCGCCCGAUGCUCCUGUGCAAGAGGCUGCCCGUGCCAUUUCAGGCGAUGAGUCUUUCGAAUCUUUGGCCAUGAAUCGUAUUGCUGGUUUCUUGAACUCUCACACCAUUAAGGUUGAAUUGAAGGGUGCUGAUAUUGUGCAAGCUGUCAGCUCUACCGGCCGUGCUUUGGAAGAUGUCUCCGAGUCUUUGUUCGGUAACGAUGACCCCAAUGCCCCUGAAGAAAGCCGUGGCAAAAAGAAGAAGGCCGCCAAAAUCUUGGGCCCCAUCAUUGCUUUGAUUGCGUUGAAGGCUGCCGCUCUCUUGCCAUUGCUUUUGGGUGCUAUUGCUUUGAUUGCCGGCAAGGCUUUGUUGAUCGGUAAAAUCGCUUUGGUACUUUCUGCCGUCAUUGGUUUGAAGAAAUUGUUGUCUCAAGAGAAACACGUCACCUAUGAAGUUGUUGCCCAUCCCCAUCACAGUGCCAGUCACUCAGUCAGCCAUGAUUCCUAUGGCAGUGGCUACAGCGCUGAUGUCGGUUCAUCAGGAUCAUACGGCAGUUCUGGUCAUGGUGGUUGGGGCCGUUCCUUGGAUGCUCAAGAUUUGGCCUACACUGCCCAAAAGCCCAAGGCUUAAAUACAAAUAUCCUCAAGCUACUACUACAACAACUACUACUAACUUUAAAUCUUUUACUUUAACUAGUACUACUACGAGCCGAACAUUACUUUACAACCCAACGACUGUUAAAAUAGUUAAAACAUUUUUGAUUUCUAACACUUUACGCCAACACAAACAACGACUUUUAAUGACCUGGGGUUAAGGAAACUUUAACCAAGUAACCGAAUCCAUUGCAAAAGGGUUUAAUUUAUUGAUAAAACCUAAAGAGCUUAAAGUUUUGCUUGUAACGAAACUUUUGGAGUCUUUAUGUCAACUCUGUGCAAAUAGAUUCCGUGAAAUAUGGUUAUGUUUCUGUCAUUAACCCAAAAACGAGACUUUUUCUUUUAUUAAGUUUAAAAUAACAAAAAAAAAACACAAUUUAACUUAUUUUUGUUAAUUAAUUUAUUUAAUUUAUUUUUAAUAAUUUAUUUAAUUUAUUUUUUUUAAUUUUUUUGUUUUUGCAUUAUCAUUUUUUUAUAAUUUUAAAACUAAUGAGAUCUAAGGAUCUCCAAAAAGCACAAAAAAAUAUAUAACAAUAACGAGCAACAAACCGAAAGUUGUAAAAAAACAAACAAAAAAAUCAAA